GUUGACGAUCCUUUGUCGACAGAAUCCCCGCGCCUGUGGGAGAACUAACUCCAUUCACCCUUUUGGAGAGAAUCGAAGGUGCACUGCAUUGUGGACUCGGUCUCUUUUAUCCACCAGACCAGAAUGCCGUCGCGCGCGAGAACAUGCCGACUCGGUCGGGUGUUUGUGUUCGUAGCGAUGACCAGAUUGGUGUCCGUUGGCGACGGGUUCGUCCUUCCAGUCACGACCUGGGCAACGCCGCAUCGAAUUACCGCUGCAUCACUCCCCGCACUGCUUUUGCAUCGACGACGACGACAACAGCAAACACAAAGACAACAACAACGACUACCAUCACCGCUCUCCUUGGUGCCACCAGGAACACAGGCAUCGGAUGAGUCCCAUACAACGAUACAACCAAUGGAUUCCACGGUUACAUCAACUAGUACCGACGUGGUCCCGACCGUCGAUGACGUCCAUAACUGCCAGCAUGAUUGGGUCGCCGAGGACACUCCUUUUUUUGGAAGCGUGUAUCGCAUACGCUUGCCUGGUCAAGAGGCGUCCGGCAACGACGACAGCCCCAAUAACAGCGUCAACAAGGAACCAAACGACGAUUCCUUUCUCGGAGCCAUGGAAGUGCCGACCUUUGCCGCCACGGGAAGUCCAAACCGCAACAAGAGCAGCAACAACAACUAUCGCUUCCCCGUCACCCACACAACCCCACGAGCCCGCGGACUCGAAGGGGUACUACGACACGGUCCCGCCUUUUGUUUGGAUCACGUACUGUCGCCACAAGAAUGUCGAGAUAUCAUCCAAGUGUGUGAACAGCAAUUGGGAUUCGGGUCGUAUCAGGCUGGCAAGAACCAUCACGGCGCCAUACAAAUUGUGGUACCACCCGCAAUUGCCACACGAAUUGGGCAGACUCUCGGUCGCCACAUAGAUAUCGACCAAGUCGAAGAACGACGCCGUGAAAUGGAAUCUCAACCGCCGACAACUGAUACGAAUGACUUACACGGCAAAGUACCACAACUAGAGGAUGUACGACUGACCUACGCUGGCUUGAAUCGACGUUGGCGCGUUUAUCGCUACAGUCCCGGUGGUACCGAAACCUUUGCACCCCAUAUUGAUGCCGGAUUUCCGCCUUCCGGCCUAUCCGCCGACGGAGCACAGCUCGUCUGGGAUGACUCGGCUGACGACGCGACGGUGAUCUCCCGGCUUACUGUGUUGUUCUAUCUCAACGAUAACUUUACGGGUGGUGCCACCAACUUUUACGCACCGUGUGCUUCAAACGAAGGUCCGUCGCCUCUGGUGGCCUCGGUCCGUCCCGUGGCCGGAUCCUGUUUGGUUUUUCCGCAGGGCGUCGGGGAGGACGCGGUGGAAUACGCUCGCCAGUCCUGGUGCUUACACGAAGGUUCGCCGGUUCUGGCCGGCGCUCCGAAGUACGUCGUACGGUCGGAUCUUUUGUUCUCGGAAGAACGAACCCCUCUGCCGUCGCUGGACGACAGACUCUUUCGCUACGAUGAAGUCGUCCGGGAUACCUUUCUACCACAAUCGCCCGUUUGGAAUCGCAAUUUCCUGGCCCACGUCCAACCUUUGUACAAUCCCCACAUGGGUGUCGAAAAUAUGGGACCCCUCUUGUAUUCCUUUGUGCGUUUCGUCAAGGCACGCAACGUGGUAGAAAUUGGCGCCGGCUAUACUAGUCUGUGGAUACUCCAAGCACUGCGAGACAAUGACGAAGAAGUGCAACGGAUUCAGGCUUUGCAACGAGCGGGCCAAUGUAAACUACUGAAUUGGCCGUGGACUGUCGUGGACUAUGUGGAAGACUAUAACGCCAUCCUCGACGACCACCAUCGGGAAUCGUCGCUCUUGUGCGUGGACAAUUGCGAACACCAGAAAGAAACCGCCACGGGUGCGACGGCAAUUGCCAAGUCACUGGGCUUGGAUGCCUACUUGCGCUUGUGGAAGCAGGACGCGUUUGAGUUGCGGCUCAAUUCCAGUUCGAUCGACGUCUUGUGGUGUGACUUUGGUGUAGGCGCGAGGACCAAAGAAUUUGUGGAGGCGUCCUGGGAUAGUUUGCGCCCUGGAGGAUUUCUCCUGUGUCAUUCGACGUUGACCAAUCGUCAAACACGAUCGUGGUUGGAAGCCGUUCGAGCUCGGCAGGGAGCCGACGUGACGGGCCUGCCGCCCGAUGAAUACGUGGAGGUGUCUUUACUUGAACCGCACAAACAAUACCAGAACUCCAUCACCAUUCUCCAAAAACGCGACCGCUAUACCGAACCGUUGUAUUCGCUGAAAGCGUAG